GGAUAAAUAUUCACCAGUCUAUAUCGGACAGCCAGGUAAGUAAACGUUUUGCCCACUAAACAGUAUAGACGACAUACGAGUCCACUGUUCAUAAAGUAAACUUAGAUUAAGGACAAAGAAUGCAUGGGAUGUAGUGUAAAAACACCACAUUUUUCACAAUGGCCGAAGUCACCUCGUAUCUCAAGGCUAUUUUGGAAAAUCAAAAACAGAUUCAGGACGCCACAAGAAGCAAUAGUGUAAAUAUAGCGAGGAUAGGCGGAGAGUUCACGACGACCCUCGGCAGUAUCAAGACUCUCCUUCAUGUACUCAACCAUCGCAUUGAGAACAAUAUCUUUUCCCCGUCUGUGUCGCGACAUCAUCGGUCACAUCCAGGUCCUACACGCACAGAUGGUGACGGUGAUGUUAGUGGAACUGAGGGUAUACACAGGGAGUGCCUACAGGAACAUCUCGAGUACAUUGUCAAGCAGCUUGCAAUAGAUGGGACUACGCUCAUCGACGAACUACAGGAGGAUAGCUGUCUGACAGAAGGCGAGGCUUCUGACAUACGCUACCAGAAAGAUACAAAAACAAGGAUACGGAAACUCAUAUAUGCCAUUUAUACAAGGGAUAGGCAGACAUUUGCUAAAUUCAUGAAAAGACUUCAAGGUGAAAAUACUCAUGUUCAUGAAAAAAUCCAAAAAGCUUAUUCCACGAAACUGGAUGAAGGUCCUAGGUCAUCGGAAUGCCUAAUAUGUGUUAUCAAACGUGAUGUUGAUAUUCGACGUGUGGCUGACAAACUGUGUAGUCAUUUCAUCAUAGACAUGGAAUACUUAAAUACCUUCUUGUCUUAUUCGGACCAUAGUCUACCAAAAGUACGUAAAGAAUUCUGGAAAUAUGUUUUCUCACAAAUAGACCAAUCUUCAAAGAGGGAUGAACAAAUUCUACAGCUGCGGAAUGCAUUGGCUGACAGUAAAUACAACGGUCUUGCUGAUAAGCUACAGAGUUGGUCACGUAAAGAAUUGUCGUGCCAUUGCAAUUUAUUUCCAACACUGUCGAUUCAGACAAAUUUUGCAGAUUCAUAUAGUACUUGCACCACAAGUACUGGUGACCUAAGUACGACCUCAAAUAUCCGGUCAAAGAGCCAAAUGAGCUUACAGUCCGUGUCCUCUCUAGAUGAAGAUGUAGGUUCAGAAUGUAUGCCCUAUGGCGGGAAUAUGCCGUAUACUGUGGAGUCGUUAAAUAGCUCACCGGCAACAAAUUUUAAGCACGACCCCUGGGAGUAUCCGGAAUCCAAGAAACAAAUGAAAUAUUCUCAACCGAUCAACACAGCUUUAGACUCGAGGCAUGCUCGACCUGAUAACACGGGAAAAGAAAACGAGAGUUCAUUUUCACUUAAAUCCAUUGCCGAUGCAUUAAAUGCUAGAGAAUCGGAACAUGAAAUCCUUCCUAGAUCAAACAGAGCCAUUGAGAAAUCAGACACGACACCAAGAGGUCCCCUAGAUAUGUCUACAGAUGAACAGGAAUCAUCUUUAAAACCACGUCGACUAGAACUUGACGUAGCAGUUGCUAAUGAACUAAAACAGAUCAUUGAACCAAUCACCACACCUUUACCCACCGUUGAUGUAUACACUGGACGAAAGAAAGUCUACAAAAAGAAACGACACACACGAACCAGGUCUGACGACAGUUCUAAGAUUCGGUUCGAUCGUGACUUACACAUAAGUGGAGACCAGGACAGACUACGGCUCAUCAAUGGGCUGUUGGACACUCCAGAAAGAGGCAUUUCUGAUAUCUUCUAUAAUAGUAUUAACAAUAUUCGACCAAAGAGUGCCUAUUCAGAUCAAGACGCUGGAAUAGCAUCGGGAGAUAAGUCAGACAAUGUUAUUAAAAGUGAAACAAAUGUUCAAUCCAAUCCAGAUAAUAUAAUCCCAGUAACAACUACAAAUUGUGUCGAAGUGCUAAAGCAAACAUCCAAGACUGAAACUGCAGUAUCUCUUUACCGAUUAAGGUCGCCGGAUGGAAACAAUAACCCAAAAUACGUCACAGAUCAGAUAAUAAUGACUCCGUCAAGACACCUUGACCCACUUUCGUCUGGGCUAGGAACCCGUUCGGACAACACGUCUUCACGGAAAUGGAGAAGAAAUGGAAAGUGGCAACAAAAUAAAUCACAUCGCAAUAGAUUUGAUACUUGCUAAACUGAGGAUUUAAUAUCUAUCAAACAUAUAUAUGAAUAUCCGGAGCAUUAUCAAUGACGUGCUAUAAAUUGAACAAAAUAAACGUAAAAGUAUGUA